CUUUUAAACCCUAAAAAAUAACACUUCUCCAGCCACCCCAACAAUGUGCCGCAGCUCUUCAUUUGCUCCUCCACCAUUCUAGUCCUCUCCCAUUUCCGACCAUGAAACGACGAAGCGAGGUCGCUUUCCGACGAAUCUCACGACGGGUUGAAAAAGCGAUAUAUCUAAGUUCCAUCCAAGUAUGAUUCUUCAUCAAAGCUCUCGCAAGGAAUCAAAUUGCGAAACAAUGGCGACGGAUGAUUUCAUCAGUGACCUUCCCGACGAAGUUUUGGCUACGAUUAUAUCAGGCUUACCAGCCAUUGAAGCAAUAAGAACAACUAUUUUAUCAAAACGAUUGAAGGACGUAUGGAGGAAUGUUUCCCGUUUAGAUUUCGAUCCAAAAGGAGUGAAGAAAUUAUUUCCUGCUCCAAAUCAACUCAGAUCUACGGUGCCAGUAAUACAGUUUGGAUCCAAUGUUUGCCAUGCCGAGGGUGAUGAUAUUGAUGAUACUGAUCCGAGGGAAGAGAUUUCCCGAGUUGUUAAGAAUAUCGAUAAUGUAUUGUUAUCUCAUGAACGUAACUUGAUUAGUUGCAGAAUCGUUCAUCUCUCAAAUAGUUACACAAGCGGUGAUGUUGAGAAGUGGAUUAAAUAUCUUACAUCCGAGAAGGAAGUGCAAGAAUUGGCUUUCCUUUGCGAUGAUUUUCAGCAUGAGUUUUAUCUAGUAAGCCAUUUUGGAUGGGGUCUGAAUUUAUCGUCUGGGAUUUUUCAUGUAGAACUCUGCAAUCGCUUGAGUUCACAAAUUACGGUAUCCGAUUCCAUCGCCCUUUUCACCAUUGCCAUAACCUCAAAACCUUGAAACUCUAUUACUGUGAUAUUAGCAGUGAAACCCUUGAAGCAAUCGUUUCUAGCUUUGAUUUUAUGCAACACCUGAGCGUUUGUUCUUCCACCUCCAGUUUAAAACAGGUUCGGAUCUUUAGCCAAACGGUUAAGACUGUGGAGCUGGAAUCAUUGGAUUUGGAGGGGAUUUAUUUAUCUACCCAAUCUCUUGGUGCUUUGGUGCUUCAUUCUAUGAAAUUUCCGGCCAGACGUUUGGUUAUCCAUGCUCCAAAUCUUAGGGUUUUUACUGCAACUCGCAAGCCCAUAACUAAAAAUUCAGACAAUAUCACCAAGAUUGCUGAGA